AUGCAUUCUGACAUUAAUUUUUCAGAAGUUAAACCUGGUGUAAGUUUGAACAGUGAUCUGCUGAGUAAUCUGAACCACUUUAAGUGUACAAAUGCUAUUUCCAGUUCAGGCACCGCCCAAAUUUCAUUCAUGUCCUCAUGCAAGUCCGGUCAUGAUUUUAGCUCGUUGAGAUUUCCAGGAGGCCAUAAUAUUGUGCAUGGAGGUGAAUCUCUUCAACCUGUUUCUUCAGAUGGCCAAGGAGUUUUGGGAAAUAUCACCACUAUGCAAUUUGGAGGGUCUUCUAGGAAACGAUAUCUUUCAGAGUUUUUAUUGAAUAUCCCAUCAUUACAACAAUCCAGAACCAGUGAUGGGCCAAGAAAACGAAGAAAAGCACCGGAACAUAUGAAGGAUGGUAAAAGUGGAUGUAUGUGUUGGGAUGUUAGGAUCAACGAUCCAUAUUAUGGUUCACUCUGGAAAGUCCAUGGAGGAAGUGCUACUACCAAAUGGGGUAUUGGUGUUCGCAUAGCGAACACUUCUGAAAUAGAUUCACAUAUCACUUUUGAUGACGAUGGGGUCGUUUUGACUUAUCACACUGUUGAGGCUGAUAGUAUACGCAGGCUUGUCUCAGAUUUACAACGGCUUUCAAAUGCACAUGCAUUUUCUUGUCGAAUGCGGAGAUUGAUUGGUGUAAAAGUUGAUGACAAGCGAGAUGAAAAAGUGACAUCUGUGGAGAUAAAUGCAAGAAAAGGUAGCAGACACAGGCUAUCUCAACAGAUGAGGAAAACUUUCAGGAUUGAAGCUAUUGGUUUGAUGAGCUUGUGGUUCAGUUAUGUUGCUGUGCCUAUGGUUCACUUUGUUGUUGAGUGGAAGGCUGGUGAUGGUGGCUGCUUUAUUCAUGUUUCUCCAGAUCAACUUUGGCCACAUACAAAGUUUUUGGAGGAUUUCGUGAAUGUGGGUGAGGUAGCAUCAUUCUUGGACAGCGUCAGGCUUACAGCUGGACCAUUACUUGCCCUUAGUAGUGCAAUUCGCCCUACAAAAAUGCCUGUGACACUUCCUGCUGGUUACAGUUCUGUACCAAAGCAAAAUAGCUAUCAGUCAGAAGGGGCAACAGCAAAUGACUCAUCAACUACUGCGCAAAAUAUAUCUGCCCCACUGAGUCCUGCGGUAGCCCAUUCUAACAAGUAUAAUCUUCAGAGUUCUGCCCUUUCUAUUGCAGGGCGGGGUGGGCCUGGAUUAGUUCCUAGUCCAUCAUUGCCUUUUGACGUUACUGUUGUGCUUCGUGGACCAUAUUGGAUACGUGUUAUAUAUCGCAAGAUUUUCUCUUUCGACAUACGUUGCUUUAGUGGAGAUCAGGUAUGGCUGCAGCCUGCAACCCCUCCGAAUGGCGGACCUUCAAUUGGGGGAUCUUUACCUUGCCCACAAUUUCGACCUUUCAUAUUGGAGCAUGUUGCUCAGGGUUUAAAUGCUUUUGAACCCAGUGUUAUGAGUGCUAGACAUAGUGGUGUACAAUUGAAGGCCAGCAUCAACAAAGCUUCUGGAGGUCAGCAAUCAGCUCUUGCUCUGAACCACUUUCAUGGUGCUCACGGUAUAGCUACUUCUGGACCAACUACAAAUAUUGGUAACCAGGUGGCACCUACUUUCAUUCGUGCAGGCAGUGCUGUUGUGAAUUCUUCAAAAUAUGCUUCAGGAAAUGCUGGAGCCCCUCCACACCCUUCUCCUGGAACAAACCUUCCUGUUCAUAUGAGGAGUGAGUUGAGCUCAACUUUUACUGCUCUUGGGGACUAUGGUGGCUAUGGUGGUGCAUGGGUUCCUCUUGCUGCUCUUAAAAAGGUGUUGCGAGGCAUCCUUAAGUACCUCGGAGUUCUAUGGUUGUUCUCCCAGUUUCCUGAGCUUCUGAAAGAGAUACUAGGGUCAGUUUUGAAUGAGAAUGAAGGAGCACUUUUAAAUUUGGAUCAGGAGCAGCCAGCACUGCGAUUUUUUGUGGGGCGUGUCGUCUGUGAACCAUAUGAUGCUUCUAGAGUUGCUUCUUUUAUCACUUUGCUUACAUUACCAAUUCCUGUUAUGCGAGAAUUCAUAAGUCUACUUGCAUGGAAGAAAAGUCAGUCCCAGGUUCAUGGGGAAAUUGCGAGUGCAUAUAGGGUUCAGGUUGAACUCUGUUUGGAGAUGCACCAUGGAUCGGUUUCAAAUGACCAUGCUGAGAGUUCGUCUUCAUCAAAGAGCAACAUUAAGCAUGACAGAGCCAACCGUUCAGUCGAUUUUGGCCUAACUUUUGUACUCGACCAUGCUCUUAAACAUAAUUCCAGUGUUGGUGGAGCUGCUUGGUUGCCUUAUUGCAUGUCUGUGAGACUGAGGUACACCUUUGGGGACAAUUGUCAUGUCGCGUGCCUCACAAUGGAGGGGAGCCAUGGUGGGAAAUCUUUCUGGUUGAAAGAUGAAGACUGGGAAAAUUGUAAGCAAAUGGUUGCCAGGACAGUGGAGACAGCAAAUGGGUCUCCCGCGAUUGGAGAGACAGGCAAUGGGAGAUUGCGACUGGUGGCCGAGAUGAUCCAUAAGCAACUACAACUUUCUCUCCACCAGCUAAGAGACGGUCCCCUUUCUGCGGGCUGA